GUGGCCCGGGCGGCCGCGAGCGUGUGUAUGUGGCACGAUGUCGUGGUAACUCAGAGGCGCGCGAGGCGGGGCGCCCAACGGGGUCGCGGGGCGAGCACGCGCGCCACUGGGGCGCCGGACGUUGCAAAGGGGUCACAUCCGGUAGGGGGCGGGCCUGGCGGACCCCGGAAGUGUGGGCGCGGCUGCGGUUUAACCCGCGGUGGCGGCGGCGACGGCGGCCCUGGCAGCCAGAUCACUUUCGAGUUGAUGAUAUCGCCCCAGAAAAGGUGUUUUCUGCUGUACCUGUGAACCUGUGCAGCCGCCUGCCCCGCAGCCCUCCCUCCUCCUCCCCUCCCAGCCCCUUGGAUCUGCAGUGGCUCCCGCCUGGGCUGUGCUGCUCCUGGCAUGGCAUGCGCAGGCCCCUGUGGCCAAGCUUUCCAGGCCCACAGAGCGGCCCAUCUCUCCUCCUCACUCCGUUGGUCUCUGCCUCUGUUACGCCGCUCUCAUCUGUAUUCAUGAUGAAUUAUUGGAAGGAUGGAGACGCUGAAGGAUAAGACCCUGCAGGAGCUGGAGGAGUUGCAGAAUGACUCGGAGGCGAUUGACCAGCUGGCCCUGGAGUCCCCUGAGGUCCAGGACCUACAGCUGGAACGAGAGAUGGCACUGGCCACCAACCGGAGCCUGGCAGAGCAGAACUUGGAGUUCCAGGGUCCCCUGGAGAUCAGCCGCUCAAACCUCUCGGAUAAAUACCAGGAGCUCCGGAAGCUCGUGGAGCGGUGCCAGGAGCAGAAGGCAAAGCUGGAGAAAUUUUCUUCAGCACUGCAGCCAGGGACCUUGUUAGACCUUCUGCAGGUGGAAGGCAUGAAGAUCGAAGAAGAGUCCGAGGCCAUGGCUGAGAAGUUCCUGGAGGGCGAGGUGCCCCUGGAAACGUUCCUGGAGAAUUUUUCCUCCAUGAGGAUGCUGUCUCACCUGCGCCGGGUUCGCGUGGAAAAGCUCCAGGAAGUGGUGAGGAAGCCCAGGGCUUCCCAGGAGCUGGCCGGCGAUGCCCCUCCACCCCGCCCACCACCCCCGGCGCGCCCAGUCCCCCAGCGAACACCCCCUGUGGUUGAAGAGCAGCCGCAGCCACCAUCAGCCAUGCCUCCCUACCCUUUGUCCUACAGCCCAUCCCCCAGCCUGCCUGUGGGCCCCACUGCCCAUGGAGCCCUGCCACCGGCCCCUUUCCCGGUGGUGUCCCAGCCCUCCUUCUACAGCGGGCCUCUGGGCCCCACUUACCCGGCAGCCCAGCCUGGACCCAGGGGUGCUGCGGGUUACUCCUGGUCCCCACAGAGGAGCACGCCACCCCGGCCGGGCUAUCCUAGGACCCCAACUGGUGCCUCUGGGCCUGGGUACCCCUUGGGGGGAGGCAGGGUCCCCAGUCCUGGUUAUCCUCAACAGUCCCCAUACCCCGCAACAGGAGGAAAACCUCCCUACCCAAUACAGCCUCAGCUCCCCAGCUUUCCAGGCCAGCCCCAGCCCUCAGUGCCCCUGCAGCCCCCUUAUCCUCCGGGGCCCGCCCCUCCCUAUGGGUUCCCACCACCCCCGGGGCCUGCCUGGCCUGGAUAUUAGACACACUCCUGGCCCUCGGCCCCUCCCUAGUCCCACCCACGCUCAACCUUUGGCCCAGCCAUCGCCGAGAUUCGAGGGUCAACUGGAAGUGGCGUUGGUGCUCCCUGUGGACUUGCGUCGGCACCCAGAGGCCUUGGAGGGACAAGGCACUGGGCGGUGUGACUGCUCAUGGCACUUGCUGGCCUUCUGGCCGGAGGUCCUCCUGGAAGCCCCUCCUUUCAGUGCCUGGCUGCAGCGGUGCUAGCCAGGCUGGAGUCCAGCACCUCUCGCCGGUGUCUGUGUGAGUGAGCGCAUGUGCGCAUUUAUGAGCAUCUACUUGCAGCUGCGCUCAGGGCCAUUUGAAUCCAGUGCAGAGUUAUCUCGAUGAGGAGGCCCCGGGUCUCCAGCCCCCUCCAUCUGCCCUGGGGUUUGGCGUAUUUGACAUGGAGCCCCAUGCCAAGGGAUGCAGCUGUUGGUGUCUGUCCAGUCCAUUCAAGGCUAGCCUGCCCAUGCACAGUGGCAGGGGUUGGAUUGGAGGGAGAGAACAGAGUUGGGAAAAAACAACAGGUUUGAGUCCUAUAAAGCCAUAAUUUAACUCCAGUAGCUGAUGUCAGACAAGCUUGUCCUAUGUCCUAUUUGAAUGGCAGCAGCGCCAGCCCAGCAAGAAGGCUGGGGGUUGUCAAGGUUGUCCCCAGACCUUGCUUGCACUGGUUGGAGAACACAGGGGGCUGCCUUGGGCCCUCUGGCCAGAGGCAAGCGGGCAGCUCUAGCCCUGGAGAUUGUGGUCACAUUGGGGCUCGUUUAGGAUUGGAGGGCCAGGUCACCUCCCCAGCCACCCUCCCUUCUCUCCUCUGGGGUCCCCACUUUAGGGCGAUUUUGCCCGAGGCCCACGCAUCCAUCCACUCCUUUAGUGCCUUGAAUCUCAUUCACAAGCAGCCCCCUCCCUUCUCCUCCCCUUCUCACUCUGUUGAUGUAAUCCUCCCACCCCCAGUGUCCAUCCUAAGACAGGCAUCAAAAGAGGCCCUAACUUUACUUCCCAAAUGGUGCUUUUUAAAAAACACCAUCACUACAUUAGGGACAAUUUUUUCGCACCUCCCUGUCUUCAGAAUGUAAAGGGUGGGGAUUAUGUCUCUGUUUAAUAUGCAGCCCCCUGCACUAUGGGGUUUGGGGCAUGUUCAGUAAUAAGAAUGAAUACAAUAGACAAAGGGGGUGUGAUGAGUGUUAACUUGGUUGUUUCAGAGGUAAACCAGGUCUCAGGGAAGAGCCUGGAGCUGCUAUUGCUUAAGAAGUUGUAUGUGCCUUGAAAUGUCCACUACCUGAGGACGCAGCAUCUGGUGGGCCCGGGGCUGCUGGGGCCAAGGAGGGACCUUGACCUUCUGGUGCCUGCCCCUCCCCGGACUACGUGCCAUCCGCGUGACGCUAGGUCAGCGCUGCCGGUUCUUUACCAAAUGUGCUUGCUUCUCCUAAGUUAUUUAUAAAGAGAAAUCACUAAUGGACUCUACUGGUUUGAGUGCUUCUGAGCUGGAUGACCGACCGCCUGUAUGUUUGUGUAAUUAAUUGCCAUAAUAAACUUUGAUGAGUCACA